AGUGGACGUAGUUUCACAGCGUGUGGGCGUGGCCACGUAGGUGGUGGGAACGGGUUUGCAGCGGGGGGCGUGGCUACGUAUGUGGUGGGCGCGGUUUUGCAGCGGGUGGGCGUGGUUCCGCGGCACGGCGUGGGUGACAGCGCGCCGUGCUGGCGCGGCGUGGGCCGGCGGCUGCUGCGUGGGCCCGGUUCCCCCCGCUGCACUCCGGAAAGCGAGCCGAGAGCCGGCACCGCUCUGCCCUCCUCCCGGCCCGCUGCUCUCUGCAGGGCUCCGCCGUCCUGCCUGGCACGGUGCAGGGCUGGGCGCUGGGCUGGAGCACCGGGAAAACAGGCCAGGAUCUCACGGGCGCUUCCUUGGCGCUGGGUGCUGGGAUAGUCCCUGGCAAAGCCAAGACGACAGUGUUGAAUACAGGAGCCCAGGAGCAGUCGUUCCCUCUCACUCCUCAGUGAGGGCACCCACCCCUCCACAUACAGAACACUGUCUCCUCAGCGGCACCAGAGAGGGAACUGCAAAUUAACAAGAAGAAAGAAAAAAUCCCCUGCUCAGCUGGUGGUAUUUGUGGGAUGGAGUGGUGGAACCGUUUCCAAGUGCACAAAUGCAGGCAAAGACAGGACUGAUCGAUCUGAGGGGGCAUCUGCAUGUAUGGCAGAGCUGGAUCUGCUGUCUGGGAACCCACCGAAUCCAGCAGUGGCACAACAAGGGCAGAAUCAGUCCCUGACGUCUUCCCGUCUACCUUCCUUGGCCGGUGUCCCAGCCAAACAGGCGCUGCUCAGCCUUUAAUCUGCAGGAGGCCUCGUUUUCCUGGCAGCAGCGUUUCAGAGGUAUUCUGGGCUCUCUUCCCCUCAAGGGUUCCUGUGCACGCAAUGCGUGCACAGCCACGAGCGCCCUUGCACCAGGGCUGGGCUGCAGGUAGGCUCGCCAUGCUCCGCACCGUCAGGCUGGGGAUGAACUGCUGGCACGGUGGGGACUCAGUGAGAACCUAGGGUGUCUGCUGCGGGGGGGAGCAUUUCCCAAAAGUGAUGAAGGAUGCUCGGAGGCAGCUCAGCCAAUGGGGUGGCUGGGUUUUGUUGCCAUGGCUAUGGUGAGGCAGAGCAGGGAGCGGGGUACUGGGAUACAAGGGGUGCAGAGCCCACCCCCCACCCCCAGGGUUAGCUGGUCCAGGGGCUUAGGGCAGGCAGGGAACCGGAGCAGGACAAACAGCCACUGCUGGGGCCAGUUCAUUCUCUUGGCAGACCCAUGGGCAUAAUCUGCUUAAAUGCUUUCUAAGAGACCUCGAACCCCCAGCCACAGCUACACCUUGGGGUGCUGCAGGAGCUUGGUGUUCUUUGGGGAGCCCCCCUGGCAGCACGCCUAGUCACCUGGGAGGGAGGCGCUGGACCCCGUGUGUUGCAUACUUAGAAGUCAUACCCUACCUGAGGAGGCAUUAAACUAGCGUUAGCACACCCUGACCAUGAAUGGGUACCUGAACGAAUCCAAUUUCAUGAUGGUGGAGGAAGGCUUCACCACCAGAGACCUCCUGGAGAACAUCCUGGUGGAGCUGUGCCGGGCGAGCAACCAGCAAGCCUUCUUUGUGGCGGACCUUGGGGACAUUGUGAAGAAACACCUGUGUUUCCUGAAGGCCUUGCCCCGUGUGAAACCCUACUUCCCAGUGAAGUGCAACAGCAGUGAAGGAGUGAUUCGACUGCUGGCUGAGCUGGGGGCAGGCUUUGCCUGUACCAACAAGGUGGAGAUCGCACGGGUUCAAAACAUCGGCGUCCCAGCUGACAAGAUCUUCUACAGCAGCCCCUGCAAGCAGGUUGCCCACAUCAAGUACGCGGCCAGCCACGGUGUGCAGCUGAUGACCUUCGACAAUGAGGUGGAGCUGAGCAAGGUGGCCAGGAGCCACCCUCGUGCCAGGAUGUUAUUGGGUAUCGCUGCUGAUUCCAGCCCUUCUGCCCACCCGAGCAUGGCGUUUGGGACCACGCUCGAGUCCUGCCGGCACCUGCUAGAGACAGCGAAGGAGCAGGCUGUGGAGGUUGUUGGCAUCAGCUUUCACCUGGGGAGCCGCGGGCUGGAGCCCCAGGCCUUUGCUCGGGCUGUGGCUGCGGCGCAGCUGGCCUUUGAUGUGGGCACGGAGCUGGGCUACCAAAUGCGCCUCCUGGACAUCGGAGGGGGAUUCCCUGGCACCGAGGACACCAGAGCUCCGUUCGAAGAGAUGGCUGCCAUGAUCAACUCUGCCUUGGACUUGUAUUUCCCAGACGGCUGCGGGGUGGAGAUUGUUGCAAGACCCGGGCGAUACUACGUCACCUCCGCCUUCACCUUUGCUGCCAGCAUCACUGCCAUGGAAGAGGUUCCCACAGAGCAGCCUGGCUCUGACGGUGGGUGGGAUGGUGGGAUGGACCCACCUGUGUGCCUGAGCCCCCCUGAGCCCUCUCCCUGCUCCCUUCCAGAGGAAGACUCUGUCAGCAAGAAGAGCCUGGUGUACCACCUCAGCGAUGGCAUCCACGGCACCUUCAGCUGCCUCCUGUUUGACAGCCCCUGCCCCAGCCCUCAGCUGCACAAGAGACCCUGCCCAGACCACCCCUCGCACAGCAGCAGCCUGCGGGGCCCCCCGGGACACGUGGAGGAUCACAUCGCUGACGGCCUGGAGCUGCCCGAGCUGCAGGUUGGGGACUGGCUGAUUUUCAAGGAUAUGGGUGCCUACACCAUCGCAAGCUCGGCCCCGCUCGGGGGGUGUCCCCAGCCGCAGAUCACCUACGCUAUGUCCCGCGUGGCCUGGAAAGCCGUCCAGCUCUUCCUGGGGAAGCCGCCAGCAGCAGAAGAUGACCGCGAGACCCUCUGCGCCCCACUAUCCUGCGGCUGGGAGACGGCUGAGGCGCCGUGCAUCACCCCGGCCUUGGCGCCGGCCAGCAUCAUCUGAGCAGCAGCGGUGCCGGCGGUGGGUACCAGCCCCGCGGUGACCGGGAUGUGGCAGCAUGUCCUGCCUGGCAUCAUCCCGCUCCGCUCUCCCAGGGGACCCACCACGAGGACUUUGGAGCACAAACCAUAAAUGUUGUUCCUG